AGUAGAGUCGUCGCUGUCACUCAUUUCUAUUUAUCCGGGACUCUGUAGUCACGUGCGGCAUGGUUUCUUGUUGGCUCCGACGGUUGUCGAGCAAGACGUGCUUUCCUAAGAUCUUACGGUUGAGGCAAGUAACAAGUACUGCAACGCAGCAGGCGGAGAGAAAGAGACAGCUGACGGCUGCAGAAGAGAUAUCCGACAUUCUCAAGUCGGAGGGCGCCGUCAGUAAACAGAAGCUACAAGCGUUUCAGAGAACACAUUCUCGUCUGUUCGGUGUGUCAAAAGAAGAAUGGUUGAGGAAGCGAGACUUGCUAGUCAGAGCUGGAAUGAGCGGGACAGAAGCCGGUAGGAUUGCGCUCUACUUACCUCCAGCUCUCGGUUUUAGUCUGGCCAAGCUGCAGCAUUUGGUGAAGCUAUGCAAGCAGUAUGAUUUGAAUAUGAGCCGUAUCUUGAGACGUGAUCCUCUCGUGGUGUCUUUACCGCGAAAUCUCUGCUCCAAACACUUGAAACAGUUGAGAGAGGUUGGAUUCAAUGAGACAGAACUGAAACAGCUAGUUGAAGCUUAUCCAAUGAUUUUGGGUCUCCCGCUAACCAACUGGGCACUCAACAGAAUUCAAGAAUUGAAGGAAAGCGGAUUUAAUAUGAAGAGUAUUGCAACGUCACUUGAAAGCAGCUUUGUACAGAAUGUACCAGCAAUAGCUACUGAUCUGACUGAUGAGAUGUCCGAGAUGGUCAAGUAUCUUGUCAGCUUGGGCAUUAGCCCAGAAGAACCUUUGGCCAGAAGAAUAGAUCCCACUUCAUUGGAUCACAUUAGGAAUAUAGCCGAUAUCUGGGCUGGACCUCCUAUCUACUGUUCAUCAAUUCAGCUGAGAAGGUUGCUGCGUCGAUCCGUGGGGGUGUUGCAACAAUGGACUGAGGAAUAUCUCGCUGAGCAGCUUGAGGUGCUCGUCGAAGUAGCAGGAAAUCCUUAUAUGUGCAUAUCUAGGUUGUUGGAUACGCCUAAGCAAAUUAUUGAUGUGUUAACUCCACCAACGACGAUACAACUACGACUAGAAGUGAUGAACAAUUAUGGCCUUAACAAGUCUGAUCAUUGGAAAACAUUGUGGCUUCGUUCACUCUAUUUUUGUAAAUCACUAACAGAUUUGGAUACUCGCUUGCGGCUCAUCUUCAGCAAAGGUGACAUUUCUCUCAACGAGUUUCUACGGCAACCCAACCAGUCAUCACUUAUUGAUGUAGAAGAUCUUCGUUCUCGACUCAGUUUCAUUCGGAAACAUGAUGUGUCUUUGGUGACAAGAAUAGGAUUAGAUACUGUUUGCAGUAUCAGCUCAAUGAAGCUAGCAACAUUGCUUGACAAAACGGUUGAUGAUUAUCGUGCAUUCACAGCAACCUUGGAGUCUGGUGAUGAAUGAUUAAUAACAGAAUGACGAAUUACUAUAGAUGUUUGUAGAUAUCAAGAGUAAUAAAUCACUUGUAACCUUUGUCUCACAUGUCUGUUUAAUGAAUU